UCACCACUGCUUCUUCUUCUCCUCCUUAAAAUCCUUUUGCAUUUCCUCAUUCAACAGCUGUUCAAUCUAAUCAUUUUCUUCACGUCAAGUUUUAUCAUGAGAAUGGGAAGGAGUCUCAGCCCUUUGGUGCGGCAAGAGCUGGCAAAUCUUGACAAAGAUGAAGAAAGUCGCAAGUCCGCCAUGAAAGCACUGAAAUCCUAUGUAAAAGAUUUGGAUUUCAAGGCCAUUCCUGUGUUUCUUGCAAAAGUUUCAGAGAGCAAGGAAAAUUGUUCCGAGGAGUUCACAAUUUCAAUCUACGAGGUUCUUGCACGGGUUCAUGGUGUCAAAAUUGUUCCCUUGAUUGAUACAAUCAUGAAAACCAUAGUCAAGACGUUGGCUUCAAGUGCUGGGUCUUUCCCUCUCCAACAAGCUUGUUCAAAGGUGGUUCCUGCAAUUGCAAGAUAUGGAAUUGACCCUUCAACCCCUGAAGAUCAAAGGAGGAAUAUAAUUCAGUCCCUUUGCAUGCCACUUUCUGAUUCUCUCGCGAGUUCUCAGGAGGGGCUAACUUCGGGUGCUGCCCUUUGCUUGAAGGCUCUGGUGGAUUCAGAAAACUGGAGGUAUGCUUCUGAUGAAUUGGUGAAUAGGGUUUGCCAGAAUGUUGCUGUGGCAUUAGAAGGGAAGUCUGGUCAAACCAACUCACACAUGGGUCUGGUUAUGUCUUUGGCCAAGCGCAAUGCUUUGGUCAUUGAAGCAUAUGCAAGGUUGCUCAUACAAUCUGGAAUAAGAAUUGUGAAUGCUGGUCUUGUGGAGGGGAAUUCUCAGAAGAGGCUUUCAUCCAUUCAGAUGGUCAACUUCUUGAUGAGAAGUUUGGAUUCCAGGAGCAUAUUCUCAGAGGUUGAAUUCAUAAUUGAGGAGUUGGAGAAGUGCCAAUCUGAUAAAAUGGCAUUUGUCCAAGGUGCAGCACUUGAGGCUCUGCAAACUGCCAAGAGAAUUGCAUGUGAUAAAAAGCCAAGGUAUGCAAAAAGCCCUUCUUCAGUGACAGGGUCAAAUUUUAGUACGAGAGAAGGAGAACACACUUCUUCCGGAGAGGGAGAGAAUACUUCUUCUACUCCUUCCUCUAUUUCACCAGAAUCUCGCACUUUGGACUUUUUCCCUGGAUAUGAAUCUAUGGAGUCUCCCAUUUCAAGCAACUUGAACUAUGAAAGAAGAAGCGUGACCAGGAAGCUCUGGAGUAAUGAAAAUGGAGGGGUUGAUGUGUCCCUGAAGGAUGGCUUGUUCUCACAAGUAGGAAAGGAAAGUGCUUUGUCAGAGCAUUCAUUGAUUCACGAGUUUUCCAAUGGAGAUGGAUAUUAUACAGAGGAAUUUGCUGGUUUCAUGCACAGAAAUCCCAGGCAUGGAGUAUCCAAAAGCACCACCACAAGUCCCCUUAGGUCACGCACUCAGGCAACGAUCGACAGCAUAAAAAUCUUCGAGACCCCAAGAAAACUCAUUCAUUCUCUUCAAGAUUCAAGUGAUUUGACUUUGAGUUGUUCUAAGAAACAGAAUAGAAGGUUCAAGAGCCUAUCCUCAGGCAACAUUGAGUGGAGUCCAGCUUCAAAAUAUGAUGAGAAGGGUUUCUCAAAUGAUGUGAAGUGUGAUAGUGAAGUAAUUGAAAGUUGUGGUGAGGUUGAGUUUCAAGUUAGCUCAGAGUCCGUUUCAUCAUCAGAUGACCUUCCUGUAGAUGCCAAUAAGCAGAUGUCAACCAAAGUGGUUUCUGAAAACAGAAAUGUUACACCAACUGCACUACAAAAGACUAAAUACAAAUUGGUUUGUGGUCUUUCAUUUGUUCUUCUUGCAGUGGCCACUCCUUUACUUUGGAUCAAUGUUCAGGAUGAAGGUCAUUAUCUUGUACCAACUUAACAUCCUCGUUACCUGGUACAUCCUGAGAAUUAAAGGCAUUUUAGGUAUGCUUUUGUGAAAGUAGGUGUUAAUUCCAACAAUGUUGGAGAGUUCUGUGUCGCAGGAGUGUAUGUCGUGGCCCAUUGAGUAUCUUCGAUGUGAAUUUAUUUUCCUGUAAACACUCAUAUUUAUGGAGUUUUACUUUCUAGUGAAGAAAGCUUUUUGUAGUAAUGUUCAGUUUGAAUUGAAAUCUUGUCUGAGAAAGCCCUGUUCAAAAGA